AUGACUGUCCUCGACGAGUACCACCAGAAACGAGCUCAGCUCAUUGCAGAUGAUCGAGCUCUUCGCGUCGAUGCGACCAACGAAGCACACUUCUCUGGAAAAGCGCGACAAGCAGAUGCUAUCUUGCGCCGCAUUCGCGAGGAAGAAGCAAAGUCGAUUUGGGCAGUAGAGCAUGACGAAGUCCCCCAUCCAUUCCCAGGAAUGGAGUUCCUCACGGGAAAAGACAUCAUCCUCAAGACCCAGCUCUUCAACAUCAUCACCAAGAUGCCCAAAGGCGCGCUACUACACGUUCAUCUUGAUCUCACCGUCAAUGGCACCACCCUGCUGGCGCUCGCCUUACAGCACCCCUCAAUCCAUAUCCGCGCCUCAGCACGGAUCACGGCUGCCUCCAUUAAAUCUGUCGAUAUUGAAUUUCGUCCUCUGCCACCCAGUUUCGUUCCGCAGCGCAUCUCGCUGUGUCUACCGACCUAUAAACCAGGCGAGUGGAUACCCCUUCGCCGUGCGCGUGAGCAAUUUGAUGCUGCCCUGGGUGGCAUGCAAGGCUUCGACCGCUGGAUUGCGAACUGUCUUACGAUGAACCCAAGCGAUGCAUAUGUCACGCAUAAUAAUAAUAUUAGGAUAUGGGACAGGUUUCGUGCCGCUGCGACACUCACAAGUAACUUGGUGUACUUCCUCCCAGUUUGGCGUGCAUAUAUCCGGCAAUUCCUUGAGGAGACCAUUAUAGAUGGUGUAUCUUAUGUAGAGGCGCGUAUUAACUUCAGUCCGAAGUUCAUGAUUGGUCCCAAUGGCGAGCAAAAUGUUCCGCACAAAGAGUGGCUGGGCACGUUUCAGGACGUUCUGGCCGAAUUCAGAGGGAGUCUACGAGCACAAGGAAGAGAUGACGAGUUUACUGGUGCCAAGAUCAUAUACACGAUCAUCCGGAACUGUGAGCCUGAGGAGUUGGAGUGGUAUCUCAACGACUGUAUAGAGAUGAAGAAGCUCUUCCCUGAUAUCAUCGCUGGUUUUGACCUCGUCGGGGACGAAAAUAUUCUCCGCCCAAUCAAAGACUACCUCCCGCAACUUCUCUCGUUCAGCACCCUGCAAGCCUCACAAGGACUCCCCGAACACCAUCAAAUCCCGUUCAUAUUUCACGCUGGAGAAACCCUCGGUGACGGGUCCGUGGCAGAUGACAAUCUGUAUGACGCACUCCUGUUGGGGACGAAGCGGAUCGGACACGGGUUCUCGCUUGUGAAACACCCAAAGCUGAUGGCAAUGUGCAGGGAACGCGGUGUCGCGCUGGAGGUCUGCCCGAUUUCAAACGAAAUUUUGAGACUGACGGCAUCGAUGCCAAUGCAUCCUCUCCCAAUUUUAAUCAACCAUGGUGUACCAGUUGCACUGAGCUCAGAUGACCCAUCGCUGUUCCAGAAUAUGGGUUUGAGCUUUGACUUUUUCCAAGUCCUCGCAGCAAGCAACGUCACUGGCCUUCUUACGCUGGGGCACAUCGCGCGAGAUAGCAUCAAGUACUCGAUGCUCACAGCCGAGGAAAAGGCGCGUGCAACGCUUAAAUGGGAGGAACGCUGGGAGCGGUUCGUAGAUGAGAUCGUUAGAUUCGACGGGGUACGGCGGAAUUAG